UUGGCCGCACUUCCUGGUUUGAUAACACGUAGCAUCGCUUCUCAAAGACCGCUUCAGAGCAGCAAACUAGUGACAAACGACCACUUUUACGGACUCAUUUGAUAUAUUUAUUGUUGUUGGUCACUUGCGUUUAUUACCGUAGACCAUAAUGAAACUGUGUGUAGCCCAUGUAGGAUAAACUAUGUUGUCGAGGCUACUAUUGACAUAACUAGUCAGCGAGUAAUUGUUAACAGAAUUUCCCCAAGAUGUAUACUCUAUUAUCUGGAUUAUAUAAGUACAUGUUCCAAAAGGAGGAAUACUGUGUUUUGAUCCUGGGACUGGACAACGCAGGGAAAACGACCUUUCUGGAACAAACCAAAACCAAGUUCAGUAAGAACUAUAAGGGCAUGAAUUUAUCAAAGAUCACAACCACAGUUGGCCUGAACAUUGGCACUAUCGACGUGGGCAAAGCUCGUCUGAUGUUCUGGGAUCUGGGGGGUCAGAACGAGCUCCAGUCUCUGUGGGACAAAUACUACGCCGAGUCCCAUGGAGUCAUCUACGUGAUCGAUUCAACGGAUGAGGAGCGCCUGUCCGAAUCAAAGGAGGCCUUUGAGAAAAUGAUCAGCAGCGAGAUGUUAGAAGGUGUCCCACUCCUCGUGCUGGCCAACAAACAGGAUGUGCCGGAUUGUUUGUCCGUGCCGGACAUUAAAACAGCCUUCAGUGACUCGGCCCCGAAGAUCGGAAAGAGAGAUUGUUUGGUCCAGCCUUGUACCGCCCUGACAGGGGAUGGGGUGAACGAAGGCAUCGAGUGGAUGGUGAAGUGUGUGGUCCGGAACAUUCACCGCCCCCCCCGACAGAAGGACAUCACGUAGGAAGCCGCUCACUUUGGACCGAGGACCUUCCGUGUAAACCCCGGAGUGGGGGCUCUCUCCUGGCUCCUUGGGUUUGCCUGUGACUUUGAACAGUUUGUUCUUCAGUGACUUUAGGGCGUCCUUACAGACAUUUUACUUUUCCUGAUCACAAAGCAUCAUUUCAGGUGUGCUUUGACCGGACUGUUUGACGAGUCCCCGACUUCCUCUGUCUCUGGACGGGCUGGGGAUGUGUGACUGUCACCAACCUUUUUGGCUUCUCUGUUUGUGCACAGGAUCAGACCCACUGAACAAUAUUUACCUCACAUUUCUAAAGUGAAAUUUGCAUCCUACACACUUUGUGUGAAGCAAUAUGAACCAACAAGGAUACUGUAGAUAUUGUGCAUAUUUUUCAAAAGAGGACAUGGCCUUUUUUGAAUAUUUUAUUGUAAAACAGUUUUGACACCUCAGGCCUCCUGCUGGGCCAGUUAGAACAGCUAAUCAUUGACAUGCUAUCUGUGCUUAUUUGACUAGGUAAAUAGAAAAAUGAAAAUUCAUGUUAGUUAUGGUAACGCCACAUGCCAGCUAUUGUUCCUCUUGUUGUCCGCUUGGAUGAGUCUGAAGUGAAAGUUGGCCAAACAGCAACAGUGCACAUAAAAAUGUCCGCUGCUCCGACCAUCCAGCCACAUUGACUUGAAUAAGUCUGUUCUACUCCUUUAGUUGUGUUUUAUUGUGACUCCAGAAAGGGGGCGCGGCUAGGAUAUGGUCUGUCAACAGACUGCAGAGCGGCAGACUUCGUAUACUCGAGAGAUCGGUGGUUCUAAAUCCCAGAAAUGAGUCGGCGUCUUUGCUCUUCUUGUUGCCUCGCUGUGAAAUAAAUUGGGAGUUAUGUGGGGUUUUUUUAUGAGAUGCCUGAAAUAAUGUCUAGUUCACAGAAGCUGAAGACAACUUGCUAUCUUGUUCUCCAUUAUAAAAAACAUCAGUUCAUCUCCUGUGAGUUUUGAAGCUUUAAAGUGACUCAAAACGGGGGGUUGUUAACAAGUGGUUAAAACUAAAUGAGUCUUCAAAGUCACCAGAACACUAGUCCUCUGUCACAGGUUCAAAAAUCCCCAAAGUUCUGUUUAUUGCUACAGUUGGUCUCGCUGACCUGAACAUGUAUCCCAGCAGCUCUGUGUGGUUCGUCUGCCCCCGGGACAACAUUCACUGGGAGGAUCCAUGCUGCCGUUGAGUUUAUGAACCAUCACAUCAUAGAUCGAACUAAUCGUGUGAAAAGCAGAGCUAACGCUGUGUUGUCAUCAUUGUUCACGGUGCUAUAACCCGGAAUAUGUUAAAUAAAAAAGGUUACAACUUUCCAAUUUGCACACUUCCCCCUCGGACAGAAUGUUCACUACUCUUCAUACUUUACCUGUUGUCAUUUUGUCCCCCCCCCCC